UUAGGGAAGGCACAAAACUGUGAUGUUCAAAAUAUGCUGAACACCCUUCAAAUCAAACAAGAGAACUGUCCAGUAUCCUACAGGGCGAGGCUUGGGAUGCUUAAGGAAGUCACCAUUUUCAGAUGAAGGCAAUGGGGACUAAGUCCAAACCCAAGCAGCACAUCUUGAGACUUGGUUCUGUGUCAUUUCUUCUACCUUCCUGAGCCUUCUGCUGUGUCUUCUAGUUUGCCUUCUCAGCUGCACUGCAUGUAUGCAGCAGUACAAAACAGGAUGGCUAACAACACUCUAGAUGCUUAAGAUAUGGAGGAGAUGGUGUGAACCUUACUAGGUGCCAACAGUGCAAAGCUGCAGUGAAGAUGGCUUAUUUGGGAGGAGGGAGGAUUUCUCCAUCUUCGGUGGUGUGGUGCACGGCUGUGCUAGCAGUGUCAUGGAUACCUUCUUCACAGCCCAUGAAGCACCUAUGCCCUUAGGUUUGGUUUAUCCUGCUUGGUUACUUAAUGCCCACUUAGUGUCCCUUGUUCCAAAAUCCAGCAUUUCCAUUACUUCUAAAAGCUGCGUAUCCCACAGUCACUGUGGCCAUAAAGGGAUUUGUAUGGAAGCCCUGGCUUCAGGGUUCAGUAGCUGGAAUUUUAUGGGUUACUAAUUCACAAAAGCAGAAUUGGGUGUUUACAACUCUUUAGUAUGUAGGCUGGCCUGGUAAGGUGCUGACUCCCUUAUGAAGAGAACAUCUCAUAGUCAAAGUCUUAUGAUUUUCUACCUAUGCUUUAGUUGAAAUCUGAUGAAUGGGUCAAUAAGAUCUACAGAAUUGCAUGAUUCGGAUUGUUUUUCCUCUUUGCUUAACUACACACACAUUUUUUUUCUGAAAUAAAAUAUUAAUAUUGAGAAUAGGUUAAGAAAUGGGCAAAUUAGAUGAAAUUCCAGAGUACAGGCAGUCUGGAAAAGGAGAACAACUAGGCAACGGCUUUACGAGAGAAGGGUGCUUUGCUUACAACUUGUCACCAUCCACAUUAAUCACAUUUGUAGCAGGGAGCAGUUCUACCUUUUAGUGCAAAUACUUUAACAACUGGUUUAAAAAACCGAGCAGGAUAGCUGAGUCCCCAGGUCCACAUAAAUGGGGUAAUGAACACCCGCGUAACAAUAUAGAAAAGCCAUAAACGCGGUGGUGGAAGUUUUCAGUCCCUCUUCAGCUGAGGUUUUCUGCAGUUUUCUCAGCCCCUCAGGUGCCAGGAAGGGAGAGAGCCUCUUGCUGGGUUGUCUCUGCAAGGCAAGAGGCUCACAGCACUGCUGAAAGCUGCAGCUUUGCAGUCGGUGGCUUGGUGCACUGCACCAUGUGGGAGCUACCCUAUGACUUGCUGGUCAGAAACACCCAUCCCUCAAAAGGAAAACCUAAAGCAUUUUCAAUGAAAAGCAAUACUAAAGGUCAGAAUUGAAAGUCAUGCACCGUGAAACAAUCAAGACAAAACAUUUUGAUUGAUUGGAACUUAGGAAGAGCAACCCAUCCUUUCAGUGUUUUUUUUUUUUAAAAUUUAAUUUUUAUUUCUGAAAUGUGUGUAUCUAGAGAGCUAUUUUUUCACCCAUCCUUAACUUCAACCGGGACAUUGUGUUCUGUGAACACCUGAAUGAGAUGAUUUCAUUCUGCACCGUCCUGCUAGCAAACUCAAUUUAAAACGAAUCAAUCAUAAGCACAACCUGUACUUAUUGCUGUGUUUUAGUGAGUUAUUACUCAGACACCCAAGUAUGAGAAUGUGGCUCAUCAGCGCAGCAGCUUUGCGCCAGCGAUGAAUUCAGCCCUGAGCUCACCAGAGCCUUAGGGUCUGUCCCAGUGGUCACGAUCACAGGGGCAACAGUGCUUCGUUACCCCUGUGUGGUGCUACUCUGCACCAGGAAACAUGCUCAGUUUUUCCGUGGGUGGAAAUGUCUAUGAGGAUAUAAAAGCACAUUUUCAACUUGUUUGCAAACAGGCUCGUUUGUAAGCAUGUGCAUAUAGGAGCUUUCAAGUGACAAGCGUGCUGAGAAAAUAUCUUUGACCACAGUAGGUGAGACAAAUGCUUUUUUCUGGACAUGUUUCUGGAUUUGGCUGCCCACUCACACACCACACGUGGCACUGAUGGUGUUAGGAAGGAUGUGAGGGCCAUCCUUGCCUGUGUUGAGGCUGUUGCCUGCCUCCAAGCAGAAAUAAUGAGCGCCGCCUAUGAAAAUAACCACUCAUGAGGUAAACCAGCCAGGGGCUGGCGUCUGUGGGUGCUCCCACGGAGCAGUGCCCAUGACCUGAGACAAGCAGCCUGGCAGGACAGGGACUGCAAGGUCAUCCUUCUCCCUCUAGUUCCUCACCACUGGGGAUUUUAAAAAUAAGAGGUUAAAAAUAAUCCCUGCUUUGCAGAGGACCUUUGGGGUCCUGUUUUGCCUUUCUUUGUCCCUCCUUGGGUUAACGCUAGAGGACAGAAACGCCUGAGGGCAGCUGCUGAUAAUGGUGCCACAGUCCUGGCCUCCCUGCCUGUGACCCGGGGUGGCCACUGGCCCUGCAGCCAUCGUGAACUUCAUCACGUCAGGUCUCUGCUGAGUGGGGAGUCACACAGGUGAGGGUGGGCUGUGAAAUGACACCUCCGUGCACGAACUGCGAAGCCAUGAGGAUGUUACGGCCUGCGAAAAAGGAAAACAAAAAGGGGCAAAGGAAAACAAGACCGCACAAAAGCCGUGCUCGUUCCUCACUCUUCCCUCAGUGCUGUCUCGCCCUGUGCGGAGGCUUCAGAAGUGUGAACACAUCCUGUUUACAUCUGCCACCGAGACAGAGAUGCUGAGGGGAGCACACGGCUGAGGAGCAGUCGGAGGCAGCACCGGGCGCAGGGAGAGCUGCAGCCCCAGCAUGGAUGCGCUGCCCAUCUACCACGGGGCCAUCAGCCGGGAGGCCGGAGAGAAGCUGCUGCUGGCAGCAGGCACGGAUGGCAGCUACCUGCUGCGGGACAGCGAGACCAUCCCCGGAGCCUACUGCCUCUGCGUACUGCACCAGGGUUACGUUUAUACUUACAGAGUGUCCAAGACAGAAACAGGAUCCUGGAGUGCUGAGACAGCACCCGGGGUCCACCGGAGGCUCUUUCGGAAAAUGCACAACCUCAUUUUGGCCUUCCAGAAACCUGACCAAGGCAUCAUAACUCCCCUGCAGCACCCGGUCAUCAACUGCGUGAAAGCCAAACACUCCCCAGGUACUCGUGGAGCACAGGGAGCCUCAGCUGGGCUGAGCAGAGCCCUCUGUGGUGGCAGGGAUGGAGGUCUUAGAUUCAUUUGCUUUGACCUGAACUAGCCAGUAGGGUGACAUUGGCAAAAAUAUGCCCCAACGGUGCUAAUGCGUGAUUGAAGUGUUGGCACUCAGGAGCUCGUUAGCAAUGAGGCCUGUCAGUGUGAUGAGGAAAUGGAUUUUGAAUGUGUAUUCCUGAGAGCUAUACCAGCAGUGGCUACCUGCCUUCCCCAGCAUCCUCAUCCUUUUAUGUAAGUACUUUCUGGACUGUCCAGUUCCUUGUAAUGUUCAUCCUUUCAUAUCUUUGUGAUUAUUUUUCUCAGGGAGAAAUGAAGGCCAUGACUUCCACCUGCAGCCAUCAUGAAGACAUUUCCUGAAGUGUGGCAUAACCCUAUCUUCCAGUGCCUUCUCUAGUCCAUGCUCUAAAACAGAACAAUUUAUAUGAUAGUUAAUUCAACUCCAUGAGUUUUCUUGUAACAUUUGCAGAAAUGUGUAUUUCAUAGAAUUUAUGGCUCAAAAUUUAGAAGUUUUAAAUUUCAGAAUGUUUUGAAUUUAAGGUUUAUUUUUUUGUAAGGGAAAGGAUAAAAAUAUCAACUACUAUAUAGUGUAAUAUCUUUUUUUCUCUUUGCACUCUCAAGUAAAAAAUAUUUUUCACUUCAAGAUUAGUUCCUAAUUAAUAAUUAGUACUUUUUGUUGCUUAACUUUGGACUCUGCUUUGCCUUGUUCUGGUUGGUAUUUCUGCAGAACUGGGAAGUCCUCUUUUUUAGCUUUAGGAAAAUUGCUUACGUUAAGAUGUCUUUGCCUUGGGUGAGUUGUGCGACUGUCAUUCAUGCAGUUUCUUCCCAAAAGUGGCACCAUGAAGUUCUCCACCAACUAAUUUUCAAUCAUUUCAGGCUCUCUGUGCUGUAACUGGGCAGAACUAGCCGUCACUAUCUGGAUGUAUAAAAUGCAUAAUUUGCACAAGCAAUCAAAAGCUUAAGCAAUGCACUGCAUACCCAAGAACAACCAGUGGCAGGGAGAACAUCCUUCUUUGAUUUUAGACUUUCUCUGUACUUGAAACAAAUCCCCACUGCAGCCAAUUUAAAAAAAAAUAAAUUACUUUUGCAUGACAGUUUCUCAGGUUUUCCUUUAUCUCUUGGUGUGUUUGCACUGCAGUCAAAGGCCAAUAGACGUGGCCUGUGUUCCUUCUUUGUGGGUUCCUGCUGGUUUGUAUGAGCUUUGGGAGAGACAUCAGCCUUCAUUGUCUGUGUUCGGUCUGUGAGAGGGCUGCGUCUGGUCUGGCUGGAAGGUUUGUGCCACUGUUACUGCCUCCAAACUGCAAAAUUGUCCUGACUAUGAAAAGAAUGUGAUUCUCCUGCGUUCCUUUCCAAAGAACAAGCCUAACAGUGAUUGCAAAUGUACUACAAACUUACAUAUAUAUAUAUAUAUGUGUGUAUAUGUGUGUGUAUAUAU